AUGGCUCCUUCAAAAGGUUGUGAGAAUCUUGCAAUCAAUCAAACUCUUCCCGAAGCAGUGCACAUGUUUGAAACAAGAGAAAUAAAAAAAGAACAGCUUUUGAAAAAUAGAAGUGGAUCUCUACAAAAGCGUCCACGAACCGGUAGGCAUUCGCCUAAGCUCGAAAGCAUUGAAAACAUGGAACCUUUUCAAAAAGAGGAGGAGAAGGCGUUGUCGGCAAAACAUGGCGCAUAUAUGAUGAAUAACUAUUAUGACAAGGGAGCCAUGGUACCAUACGGUUACAACACUUAUGCUGGUGAGUUAAUUGUACACAAAACCACUGUUAAGGUCAACAUCAUUUUAUUUAGGUUACGGUAA